AUGGCACUUCGCCACUCCAUCACCAUUGUGCUAGCCGCCAUCUCUCUCGCCACAGCACAAAAUUCGCCAUAUCUUACUCGCACCAACCCAGUCCAGCCUCCAGGCUUCUCUGACGAUCCCGCUUUGAGCACGCCCAGACCACUUGUUAUCAUAACUCCUGGUGGAGUUAUAGAUGAUGAUACAAGGAGUACUUCAGACUCUACACUCACCCCGGAGACAACUGUGCCUUUUCAAGACGAGGCGCCUAUCGAGACUACCACAACAACAAAAUCAGCGGUGCCAUCUACACUAUCUUCGCCGUUUGCAACGUCCACCUCAUCUCCACGACUUACACCAUCGCCAACAGCAGCAAUAACAACGGCGUCAUCAACGACUACGACCACGGCGGCGGGGGAAACGACCACGACUACGAUAACAGACGACGCAGACGCUCAAGCCGCUUCUACCUCUACCGAUCUCUCUCCUAUCCCCUUCAUAGGACCUCGUUUCGUAAAAAGAUCCGCGGUAUCGUCAAUGGCAAACCCAGCCUCCAUGCCAACAGCUUUCGCCAGUGCCGCUGCUGGCCUCAUCGCUAUUGUCGGGCUAGCUAUGGCGUUGUGA